GACGGGCUCUUUUUCAGCAGACGACACAUCGGUGCAGCAGCCGCACCGUCUUGAGGUAGUUUCCAAGCAGGCCACCAAAGUUACCGCUAUCUCAACGCGCCUGGAGUGGAAGAUUGACCAGUUCGAAAAAUUGAUGAAGCUUUUUAAAAAUGGCCAUAAUUUGAUAAGCAAGCAGUUUGGAUGCCCGCAGGCGCCUACAGUCACCUGGGAAUUGCAUGUGUACCCGAAUGGAAAACGCGAAGAAGAUGUUGGCAAUGUCUCGUUCUUUUUGCGCCAAGUUGGACUACAGCGUGGCGAAGAUCCAAUCAUGACCGAAUUUCAAAUAUAUGCCCUGGAUGCGAACAUGCUGAGAGUUAGCGUUUGCAGAGACACAAAAGACUUCACUAAUCAGCAAGGGCGAGGAAAAUUCCAGGUAUAA